ACAUGCCUGAGGCAAAACCAGCGGCCAAGAAGGCACCAAAAGGCAAGGAUGCCCCCAAGGAGGAGCCCCCCAAAGAGGCUCCUGCAGAGCCCCCCAAAGAAGCCCCGCCGGAGGACCAGUCCCCCACUGCCGAGGAGCCCACUGGAAUUUUCCUGAAGAAGCCAGACACUGUAUCAGUGGAGACUGGAAAUGACGUGGUGAUUGUGGCAAAGCUGAAUGGGAAGGAGCUCCCGGCUAAACCGACCGUCAAGUGGUUCAAAGGGAAGUGGCUGGAGCUGGGCAGCAAGAGCGGAGCCCGGUUCUCCUUCAAAGAAUCUCACGAUGCAGCCAGCAAUGUUUACACGGUCGAACUGCACAUUGGGAAGGUGGUCCUGGGGGACCGUGGCGAUUACCGUCUGGAGAUUAAGGCCAAGGACCUGUGUGACAGCUGCCCAUUCAACAUCGACGUGGAGGCACCCCGUCACGACACCUCUGCCGGAAGUCUGGAAAGCUUCAAGCGCUCGGGAGAAGGGAAAUCGGAGGACGCGGGCGAGCUGGACUUCAGCGGCCUGCUGAAGAAGAGGGAGGUGGUGGAGGAGGAGGAGAAGAAGAAGAAGAAGAAGGACGAGGACGACCUGGGCAUCCCCCCGGAGAUCUGGGAGCUCCUGAAGGGGGCCAAGAAGAGCGAGUACGAGAAGAUCGCCUUCCAGUACGGCAUCACCGACCUGCGGGGCAUGCUCAAGCGCCUCAAGAAGGCCAAGGUGGAGGUCAAGAAGAGUGCAGCCUUUACCAAGAAGCUGGACCCGGCCUACCAGGUGGACCGCGGUAACAAGAUCAAGCUGGUGGUGGAGAUCAGCGACCCUGACCUGCCUCUCAAGUGGUUCAAGAACGGCCAGGAGAUCAAGCCGGGCAGCAAGUAUGUGUUUGAGAACGUGGGCAAGAAGCGCAUUCUCACCAUCAACAAGUGCACGCUGGCGGACGACGCGGCCUACGAGGUGGUGGUCAACGACGAGAAGUGCUUCACGGAGCUCUUUGUCAAAGAGCCGCCUGUCCUGAUCGUCACGCCCCUCGAGGACCAGCAGGUGUUUGUGGGCGACCGAGUGGAAAUGUCGGUCGAGGUGUCGGAGGAGGGUGCUCAGGUCAUGUGGAUGAAGGAUGAAGUGGAACUGACACGAGAGGACUCCUAUAAAUCCCGCUACCGCUUCAAGAAGGACGGCAAACGUCACAUACUCAUCUACUCGGACGUGACUAAGGAAGAUGGGGGGCGCUACCGGGUCAUGACCAACGGUGGCCAGUGUGAGGCCGACCUCAUCGUGGAAGAGAAACAGCUGGAGGUGCUGCAGGACAUCGCGGACCUGACGGUCAAGGCCUCAGAGCAGGCUGUGUUCAAGUGCGAGGUGUCUGAUGAGAAGGUGACGGGCAAGUGGUACAAGAACGGGGUGGAGGUGCGGCCCAGCAAGAGGAUCACCAUUUCCCACGUGGGGAGGUUCCACAAGCUGGUGAUUGAUGACGUCCGGCCUGAGGAUGAGGGGGACUACACCUUCGUGCCUGACGGCUAUGCCCUAUCCCUCUCGGCUAAGCUCAACUUCCUGGAAAUCAAGGUGGAGUACGUGCCCAAGCAAGAGCCACCCAAGAUCCACCUGGACUGUUCCGGGAAGACCUCAGAUAAUUCCAUCGUUGUUGUGGCCGGCAACAAGCUGAGGCUGGACGUGUCCAUCACAGGGGAGCCCCCUCCCGUUGCCACCUGGCUGAAGGGCGAUGAGGUGUUCGCGAGCACCGAGGGCAGGGUCCGUGUCGAGCAGCGCGCCGACUGCAGCAGCUUUGUCAUUGAGAGCGCGGAGCGGGCUGACGAGGGCCGCUACACCAUCAAGGUCACCAACCCAGCCGGCGAGGACGUGGCCUCCAUCUUUCUGCGGGUUGUGGAUGUUCCAGAUCCCCCGGAGGCUGUGCGUGUCACCUCCGUCGGAGAGGACUGGGCCAUUCUUGUAUGGGAACCCCCCAAGUAUGAUGGGGGGCAGCCGGUCACUGGUUACCUUCUAGAACGCAAGAAAAAGGGUUCCCAGCGCUGGAUGAAGCUCAACUUCGAGGUCUUCACGGAGACCACGUACGAGUCCACCAAGAUGAUCGAGGGCGUCCUCUACGAAAUGCGUGUCUUCGCGGUCAAUGCCAUCGGGGUCUCCCAGCCCAGCAUGAACACCAAGCCCUUCAUGCCCAUCGCGCCCACCAGUGCGCCCCAGCACCUGACCGUGGAAGACGUGACCGACACCACCACCACGCUCAAGUGGAGGCCCCCCGACAGGAUCGGGGCGGGCGGCAUCGACGGGUACCUGGUGGAGUACUGCGUGGAAGGCUCCGAGGAGUGGAUUCCUGCCAACAAGGAGCCCGUGGAACGCUGCGGCUUCACGGUCAAGGACCUCCCGACCGGGGCCAAGAUCCUCUUCCGCGUCGUGGGGGUCAACAUCGCCGGCCGGAGCGAGCCGGCCACCCUGGCCCAGCCAGUCACCAUCCGGGAGAUCGUGGAGCAGCCCAAGAUCCGCCUGCCCCGCCACCUCCGUCAGACCUACAUCCGCAAAGUGGGGGAGCACCUCAACCUGGUCAUCCCCUUCCAGGGAAAGCCGCGGCCGCAGGUGGUGUGGACCAAGGGCGGGGCCCCCGUGGACACCUCCCGCGUGCACGUGCGGACCAGCGACUUCGACACGGUGUUCUUCGUGCGCCAGGCGGCGCGCUCCGACUCGGGCGAGUACGAGUUGUCGGUGCAAAUCGAGAACAUGAAGGACACGGCCACCAUCCGCAUCCGCGUCGUGGAAAAGGCAGGGCCAGCGGAGAACGUGAUGGUGAAGGAGGUGUGGGGCACCAACGCGCUGGUGGAGUGGCAGCCGCCCAAAGACAACGGCAACAGCGAGAUCACCGGCUACUUCGUGCAGAAAGCUGACAAGAAGACCAUGGAGUGGUUCAACGUGUACGAGCACAUCCGGCACACGAGCUGCACCGUGUCCGACCUCAUCGUGGGCAACGAGUACUACUUCCGCGUCUACAGCGAGAACAUCUGCGGCCUCAGCGACUCACCCGGGGUCUCCAAGAACACAGCACACAUCCUCAAGACAGGUAUCACCCUCAAGCUGCUCGAGUACAAGGAGCAUGACUUCCGCAUGGCACCCAAGUUCCUCACGCCACUCAUCGACCGUGUGGUAGUGGCCGGCUACGCGGCCGCCCUCAACUGCGCUGUCCGCGGCCACCCCAAGCCAAAGGUGGUCUGGAUGAAGAACAAGAUGGAGAUCCACGAAGACCCCAAGUUCCUAAUGACCAACCACCAGGGGGUGCUGACGCUCAACAUCCGCCGGCCCUCGCCCUUCGACUCGGGAACCUACUCCUGCCGGGCCUUCAACGAGCUGGGCGAGGCGCUGGCCGAGUGCCGGCUGGAUGUGCGGGUGCCACAGUGAGACCUCCCUGGGCCGUGAGUUGGUGUCUCUGAGUCAGCAUCACUGCUGAGAAUAAAAGCACACCC